UGCUUCGUGCAAAGCAUGGAGAUACGGCACCACGUGGCGAUAUGGUGUGCCAUAAGCGUCACCUUAGUCUGGGUCGUUUUCCGCACGGCUCACCACGCUUGGAUCCUCCAGAAUUUCUUGGGCUCCAGCUUCGCGCUGAACAUCCUGAGAUGCGUGCACCUGCCUAACUUUAGGGUUAUUACGUUUAUAUCCAUCCUGAUGUUCUUCGACGACAUAUUUAUGGUGUUCAUCACGUCCUUAAUUACGAAAGACAUGAGCGUGAUGGAGAGCGUCGCGAGAGGCGUGCAAGACCUGCCCGUACUCAUGCGCGUGCCGCUGUUCUUCAUCGGUGACGCGACGGCCUGCAGAGCUAACUCGAUGAUGCUGGGAUACGGAGACAUCGCUAUUCCGGGUUUUACUAUCGCCUAUUGCCGCUCGUACGACGUCAUAGUCAAGAAAAGGUCCUGGUACUUCCUUCUAGCGAUUGUCUGUUACGGCGCGUCCUUGGUGUUCACAUUCUUCAUGGGACAGAUCAUGAACACCGGCCAGCCAGCGCUUCUAUAUCUGGUUCCGGGCGUCUUGUUGCCUGUCACUCUGCUCGCUUGGUGCCGCGGUGAAUUGAAGCAGUUCUGGAAAGGAGACUUCGUUCCCAAGGAGGGCCUCAUGAGUCCUCGGAUGGACGUGUGCGUUUCGUCGAGCGAGCAGUUCCAGAUGAUUCAGAGUCGGGGCUUGCUUUACGUCGCCACUCCAGUGUUUCCGUGGCUCGCGGGUGCCGCUGCCGGUCUCGCAGAAAGCCUACGACGCCAAGUAGAACUGAGCCUAUACGGCGGUCUCGUUCAGUCCGCAGGCUGCUCGAGCGACCAAGACCAGCAAUGCGACUAUAUGCUAUAAUACAUAACAAAAGCACAACGA